CAUACACCGCACUGAUGAGAUGCGUGUAGGAACACAGUGACAGAUGUGUAUUGAAAUAAUGCUCAGAAUGUACUGCAUUAGGCCUGUUUAAUAGCUUACAACACAUUUGCCGUUUAUAAGAUAAUUAACAUGAUAUUGUAACAGAAAUACUGGGCGAAAUUGUGAUUUUAAGCGUACUAAGUGAUUGUAAAGCAGGAGGGUGGGAAAAAAGAGACGCGCGUGGAUCACUCAGAACACAGAACGACGCGCGAGGAAAUACACGCACGCUCGCACGCACGCACGCGCCGGAGACGGAGUCAUCCAAAUAUUUUUCUAAUAAAUCCACACCCCUCUAGGCACCAUCAUCACUCUCUAUCCCCUGGACUCCUGCUCACUCUCUACGCAUCAUCGACCCAAUGAAGGAGCCGGACGCCAUCAAACUCUUCAUCGGGCAGAUCCCGCGCAAUCUGGAGGAGAAGGACCUGAAGCCCAUCUUCGAGCAGUUUGGCAAGAUCUAUGAGCUGACUGUGAUCAAGGACAAGUACACGGGCGUGCACAAAGGAUGUGCUUUUCUGACAUAUUGUGCACGGGAGUCAGCCCUUAAAGCACAAAGUGCCCUUCAUGAACAGAAAACCCUGCCAGGGAUGAAUCGACCCAUUCAGGUGAAGCCCGCAGACAGUGAGGGGAGAGGAGGACUUUCUUUCUUCCGUGGAACACAAGAGGAGAUGUUAGGCAGAAUGUUAGGAUCUGACAGCCUCAGCUGCCAUUCACGCCAUUGUAGAGAGGACAGGAAGUUGUUUGUGGGGAUGUUGGGAAAACAGCAGUCUGAUGAGGACGUGAGUAAGAUGUUUGAACCGUUCGGCAGCAUUGAUGAGUGCACUGUGCUGAGAGGACCUGAUGGAACCAGCAAAGGUUGUGCGUUUGUGAAAUUCCAAAGUCAUGCAGAGGCCCAGGCUGCCGUUAACAGUCUGCAUGGGAGUCGUACACUACCCGGCGCAUCCUCCAGUCUAGUGGUGAAGUUUGCAGACACAGAGAAGGAGAGAGGUGUUCGGCGUAUGCAGCAGGUGGCCUCCCAGCUGGGCAUCUUCAGUCCAAUGACGCUAAACUUUAACACAUACAAUGCCUACACACAAGCAUCUCUUUCCCAGCUGGUCCAGCAGCAGGCAUUGGUAGCACAGUCUGCCUACUUCUCAUCCGUUCCAACAGUUGCAGCGAUGCAGAUGCAGCAGAUGGCAGCACUCAAUGCGAAUGGCAUCAUAGCCACACCCAUCAAUCCAAUCACACCCUCUUCUAGUGCAAAUACCCCACCUACUAUUGCGGCAACGCCCAUGUCUGCUCUUCUUUCACCAAUUGGAGUCAACAGCUAUAGUCCUGUGCCGGCAACGGCCAAUGGACAGCCAACAUCUGAAAUCUACACCAAUGGUGUCUAUCCAUAUCAAGCCCAGAGUCCAGUCACAGCAUUAGAUCCGCUCCAGCAGGCGUAUGCAGGCAUGCAGCAUUAUACAGCAGCCUACCCAACUGCAUACGGAUUAUUUAGCCAGCCAUAUCCUCAGCAACCCACCCUGGUUGCCCAGCAACAGCGAGAAGGUCCUGAAGGAUGUAACGUCUUCAUUUAUCAUUUGCCUGAGGAGUUCACUGACUCAGAAAUGCUGCAGAUGUUUCUGCCAUUCGGUAACGUCAUUUCUGCCAAAGUGUUUGUUGACCGAGCCACCAACCAGAGCAAGUGCUUCGGCUUUGUGAGCUUUGAUAAUCCAGGGAGUGCUCAGACAGCCAUCCAGGCCAUGAAUGGAUUUCAGAUCGGCAUGAAGAGACUCAAAGUGCAACUGAAAAGACCGAAAGAUGCCAACAGACCCUACUGAGAGAGAGAGACCGGAAGGACAUUGUUGACGCGCUCAUGCAGUUGACAGACCCCAGCUUGGUGUUGAGCUGCACAGGUUUCAUUGCUACUAGAUAACCUGAGACACUUGUUAUCUUGCACACUCACAGCACACUACUGUAUGUGUGCAAAUAUGCAAAUAAAACCUACAAGAUUAUGUACAUAAAACACAUUUAAACAUAAACAGUUGUGUGAAGAUGUCAAUGGUAUUAACUUAGUGAAACUGAAUGUGGAAAAUUGUUGAUUGUGUACAAAGUAAAAAGAGUUAACACACAAACAUGCUACUUGCUAUGGACCUUCACAUCUCUACAAACCUAUACAAUAUCAUUUUUCAUAUGAAAAAAACAAAAAGUAAAAUAAAAAAUUGAGACCAGCCACAGUAAAAUGACCAUAAUCAGGUUUAAAAAUAAAUUGCUUAAAAUGUAUGACAAUGUAAAA